AUGUGGAGAUCGUUACACCCAGAUGCGCAGGAAGCCUCCCCUCCUCCUGCCCCGUCGAGGCGACGUUGGUGUGAAGUGCCGGCAAGAACUUGGAUGAAGACGCACCAGACCGUUGCGCUGCAAACAGGAUAUGGGAUGGUUCGCAGCUUGCGAGCUGCGGAGCAAUACAGCAACAAGUUGAACGGCCUGGAUCCGAGCCAGGAGAGCCAGGAGACGAGCGAAGAAGAGGAGCCAUUUGCGGACGCCAUGGAAAUACCUGAAAUGCUGCCAAGCGAGCCCUACGCACUCGGUGUAUGGUUGCAGCGAAACGUGCUUCCGAAGCUUGAAACGGCCGUGGAAACCUUCAGCUCGUUCGGUCUGGUGCAGAGAGGUUUCUAUGCUGGCUGCAGAGUACGAAGCCGGGAUCUCAGGCCCCAUUUCAUGGAGAUGGUCUUCAAGGCUCUUUCCACUUUGUCCAUGCGCAAGGUUCCGAAAGGCCUAACAGCCGGUGCUGAAGAGGAGCCUUUGUUGAGCUUUGCAGAGAGGCUGAAAAACUUGGAAAACCGAUGGCCAUUUCCGGUGGAGCUGGGAACCUACAAGGCUAUUCGACAGCGGCGGGAGGCAGAGUCGCCCUUCUUCCGGAGACUGCAGUUGGAGCCACUGCUGCAGCUACACAAUGCUUGCUCAGAUGGUGAGGUCACCCCGCAGUUCCGCUCCAACUACAUCUAUGCAGGGGCGGUUCUGAGCCCGGACGCGGGGGACCGGACGGAGCGUGCCAAGCAGCUGCAGCCGAUGGUCGCAAGGCACAUGCUACGCCCUGCAGAGGUGCAGACCUCCAUCAAUCGGAUUUCGUCCACAAACAGUCUGGAACUCAAGGAGAUCCGAGGGUUUCGAGUCAUGGCUCCUCUCAGCGUCCUAGAGCAGCGCAAAAGGUCAGGUUGCGGGGAGCUCGAUGAGCAUUUGAUGGAACCACUCUCUCGUCGUUUGGAGGCCUUGUUGCUUGUCACUUUGUCCCUUGCAGGGGCACUUCUGGCAAUGUGGACUCAUGCGAGCGACUCAG